CAUGGCGCUACCCCCGCGAACAUGAAACACAGGUUGGCACUGACCCAAGGGGUUGUCUGGAUGAUGCCUAAAGAGCACAAUAACAAAGUCAAGUUUGAGAAAGCAUCCCAAUGCAAGAAUGGGACUGUCUCAAGGGUGUGUUUCAGUACUCCUAUGGGAGACCUAGAGAUGAAGUUCUGCCCCAGUGGGAUUCACACUCUUCAUCGACUAUCCAAGGAUGAUUCUGACUUCUCACCUGAUAUAUGGACCAAAGUGUCAGUGAAGCAAGCUGAAGGAUCAUCAGAAGUACACUCACAUGUGUUGUCUUGUCUUGAUUGGCUGAAAGCCUUUUUUGGGCAGCCAAGCUCAAGGAGUCUAGCUGAGAAGCCCUCACUUUGUUUUGGAAACAGAGCUUCUGGUUUCUAUCCACUUGUAUGGGAGACCCUGGCCAGGGAAGUACCAUUUGGGACUACUAUAUCAUAUGGAAAGUUGGCGAUUCUCUGUGGCUCUCCUGGAGGAAGCCGAGCAGUGGGGACGGCCAUGCGUGAGAAUCCGAUACUGUUGAUGGUACCGUGUCAUCGGGUGAUCAAAAGCGAUGGGCAGAUUGGUCAUUUCAGUGGUGGGAAGUCAGUGAAGCAAUGGCUUCUUUCUCAUGAGCAGAACAAGUAGGGACCUCUGGAUGAUUGCAUGCUGAAACCUCAGGUGCACAUCUCAAGAAAUAAAGUUCAGGCACAAGCAAAAACCGGUUAGCACCGAGAAUCCCGCGAGAAGCCUCAUCGUGGGAAAACAACGCGAUGCAACGCGGCCCUACCGAACAAUUGAGC